GGUCUUGUCACCAUAGGCCUAUCACCCUGGUGUGCACCCUGGUGACUGCCCCUCGUACAAACAUGGCCACGUCUCCGAAGAUGUCCUUCCGCUCUGUGCCGAAAGAGAACAAGGCAUUGGCCACCGAAAUAUACAGCUUCGUUGAGAAAGGACAGGAUGGAAACCAACCCCUGGACGAUGGCAGCUGCUCAACCGAGCGGUCUAACAGCCAGCUAGAGGCAUUGCUGGAAAGACUCUAUGUCCACAUCUGCGACUUUGGCCGCUAUCAAGGCAGCGCAGCAACGCCGGACGAAACAAUUCUGGAAGCCUGGGAAAGCUUCCUCGGCGUCAUCGACGCGCUUGCCACGGUGGAGCCCCAUGGCUACAUGAUGGCUGCACGCAUGACCUUGUACCUCACCCAAGCUUAUAGUAAACAUGGCCAACUGCCAGGCGUGUUGCCCUAUUCGUCGAAAAGCGCCAAGCCAAUAGCACUGCGCUGCAAUUUUGCCAUCGCUCUGGACGACCUGCUAUUGUCAUGUCUUACUCAGUUAUGGAGCAGGAGCGACAAGCGAGAGUUGUUCACAUGGGUCUUCACCAGCUAUCCGGUCAAGUUCUGCGCCAGGAACCACGGUAUCACCUGUCAAGAUUUCAUCGGUGCUGGACAGUCGGUCAAAGACUUCCAUGAGCAGCGAAGGAAAGACCAUAUCAGGGCUGCCAGUAUCACGGAUCCGGCACGCCUGACUCCCGAGAAUGGCGUACGACCUCGUCGGCGCUGGACGCGUCCACGCGGCGACACGACAUGGUACCCCAGACAUCCAGAUGCUUCCUGGAUUGGCUACCAAAGUUCUGCCCAUGGCGAGCGUAUGCUGAUGUGGCAAGAUAUCGGCUCAGACGGCCCUAUCAUGGGGUCCUACCACUACAGACUUGUCGAUGAGGACACAAGGGAGCUCCAUUUUCGACAACGUGCUGCCCUUCGCCGGUCACGACAAUUCAUCAUGGAUGCUCGCAGGAUUGCACGAUACCACCUUGCCAUCGACAGCAGGCGUUUAGCGCAGAUGGUGAUGAUCAGCAACUCACUUCCUGCCGAGCUGCAGUUGAUGAUACUCGAGUACCUAGACGAUAUCCAAGAGCCCGCAUAUUAUCUAGGCAAGCUCGACCUCGCGGCCGUCUACCGCCCAUUCCCAAAGAUCAGCAAAAAAUGUACUUCUUGUUCCGGCCGUGCCCACAACAUUUCUCACAGGAUGGCAAACUCCACUUGCCCGCUCAACUCCAUCACAAUCUGGAGUCUUCCGCUGCGGGCAUUCCACACUUUUCACCAGACAAGGGAUGGGGGCUGGCAGGUCUGUCCUGACAUCGAUUGCGCUGGACAUCACGAUACAUCCUGGCAGAUGCAACAUGUUUCAAUUGAGGACCAACUGAAUAAGAUCAUCCAUCACCGCAGCGGUCAAAGCCUGGCGAACAUUGGGGAAAUCGGCCUGGGGCCUUUGGAGCCAGCGGAGCUUCCGUCGGCUGAGGAGGACCGGGCCAGGGAACAGCUGCUGUUCUCAGGCUGUCCAUUAGAUCAAGACGAUGGUGAGAGCCGGGAAGACCGAGUCGAGGCUUGCUGGGGAGGUGUCGCCGGCCUCGUUGGUGUCAUGCUACAUAAUGAGACACUACUGGGUCUUCAUGCCACGGGGAGAACCUCUACGGAACCAUCCUGGUUCCUCGGCCGGACGCAUCAGGAAGAGUACAAAGCACGAGUAGCGCUUGCGAGGGACCACGGGCGUGAUCGCUGCGCCUUUUGCUAGAUUUUGGUCGUGGCAGCCCACCCGGCAACAGGCACUCGUGGUUCUGGUAGCCUCAAGGUCUAUGGGAGGGGGAAUAAAUGAAGACGGAGAGUAGCAUUUGUGAAAAGAACAGCCAACAGCCA